AUUCCACACACCGACUGCAGCGUGUGUGGUUAACGAGCAGCCCAGUUAAUACACACAAACAAGAGGAAUCACACAGAGAGCUGGGGCACUUUAGAUGCAGAUGCAGAGACUUUAGCCAAGUAAAGAAGGGCUGUGUGCUGGAGAGCUCAAGUUAACCUUGCAGAGCAUUUUAUUCAUUCAAGUAAAGAGAAAAAAAGACUGGAGUACUUUUGAUAAGUCAAAUUUGCUGGAGAGAAAGCUUGUUAGUGUCUAAUUUUUUUUUAAACUGGAAUGAUCAAUUCCUUUAGAUCCUUAGCUGAAAAAGUGACACUUUGUUAGUCUGAGAACAUUUGCAAGAACCUGCAGCAUGUUGCGCUUCUCGUGUCUCUGCCUUUUCCUUUGGGCGCUCGAGUCGAGCUCGAGCCAAGUGAAAGAGGACGUGGACGUGCUCGUGCUUCUGCCUCAAAACAACUCGUACAUGUUCUCGAUCUCGAGGGUCGCACCCGCCAUCGAGUACGCGAGAAAGCAGCUGGCGCGAGGGCCCUUGGCCGGCUUCAAUUUCAGCGUCAGAUACGUCAACUCCGAGUGCGGCGUCAAUGCGCUGUACGCGCUCGUGGACCGCGCGCGCCGCGACCGCCCCGACCUGAUCCUCGGUCCCGUGUGCGAGUACGCCGCCGCGUCCGUGAUCCGCGUGGCGUCGCACUGGCAAAUCCCCGUCAUCUCAGCAGGUGCCCUGGCGUCCGGCUUCAGCGACAAGAACUCCGAGUACGCGCUGCUCACGCGCACCGCGCCGAGUUACCUUAAGAUGGCCGAGACGUUCGCCACGAUGUCGCAGCACUUCGGCUGGAAGAGCGUGCACCUGAUCUAUCUCGACGACAAGGAGGAACGCAACUGCUACUUCACCGUCGAGGGGGUCCACGCGCUCCUGGAAGGCCAGCACGACAUCUCCGUCUCGAUGAUGGAUUCCAAAGAGUCGCUGGCGUACUUGGACGAGAUCGUCAAGUCCAUACACGAGCAUGAAGUGGUAAUCAUGUGCACACAUACAGAUGUGGUAAGGGAGAUCAUGCUGAUGGCCCACAGACAGAGACUGACCACCAGUAACAGGCUCUUCUUCAACAUUGAGCUAUUCAACUCCUCCUCCUAUGGCGAUGGAUCUUGGAGAAGAGGAGACAAAUAUGACAAUGAGGCCAAGGCUGCCUACGCUUCCCUGAACACAGUGACACUACUGAGGUCAACCAAGCCCGAGUUUGAGAAUUUCUCACUGGAAAUGAAAAAGUCCUACCAGAGGGGGGACGUCGAUGUUUGUGAAGGCUGCAAUAAUAUAAACAUGUUUAUGGAGGGUUUCCAUGAUGCUUUACUACUAUAUGCACUUGCCUUAAAUGAGACAAUCCACAGUGGUUAUAGUAAGAAGAAUGGAACGGAAAUCACACGCCGAAUGUGGAACAGAACGUUUGAAGGGAUUGCUGGCCAGGUGUCUAUAGAUGCCAAUGGUGACAGAAAUGGAGAUUUCUCUGUUAUAAGCAUGACAAACCGUGAAGCUGGAACGUAUGAGACUCUCAUGAACUACUUUGGCACUAAUGGAAGUUUUCAGCUCCUACCUGGCUUUAACAGUGAACGGUUCACUCUGCGAGGAGCACCAAGGCCUCCCCUGCCAGAACACGCUGACCAAUCAUCAGGUGGACUAGGCUUAUCAGCAGUGACUGGAAUCAUAGUUGGCGGACUUCUUGGAACAGCACUACUUAUGGCAUUCUACUUUUUUAGAAAGAAUUACAGGAUAACCAUUGAAAGGAGGGCACGGCGGGAACAGUGUGAUGGAAAGCAUCGUCAGUUACGAGAGGACUCCAUCAGAUCCAACUUCUCAGCAGCAUAGGUUCUGCCACGUAAACAGACAAAUGGAAGUGCUGGGGAAGGUGUGUAUCAGAUAUGUCCAAAGACUCAAUAAACACCACCCCUGGAUUCCUGAAAUAUUUCAAGACAUACUGUAGUGUUUUUUUCUUGUAAAUGUCUCUUGUUUUUGACUUUUGUAAACUCAGGAAAGUUGUAUUAAUUAAGGAGAGCUGCUCACAAGGCUUCAUGAAAAAAAGGGUUGGUCUGUUUUUGCUCAGCUACAGACUUUGUGCCUUUUAAGCAAGCUAGCCUUGAUGAGGAAUCUGUCCCCUUUUUCAGCAAGUCAACUGAAAUCUUGGGUUGGUGGAGACUGGCAGUGAUGAAUUAGGGGCAUCUCAGUGGCUCAGAUGAAAGGAGAGGAAGUAAUUUGUUCAAGAUGGACUGUUUUUUUAUUCAUGCCUCAUUAUAAUUAAGGUGAGGGAUGAAAAUUUAGCUUUUCUCUCAUGGUUUGAGGGAAUAUUUGACAGGGACACUGAUCAACACAAUAGUAAUUUGAGUUAAGACAGGAAGAUCAUAAGCUCAUGUAUAGUAUGGUUAUAAUUUGUAAACCUGAGCGUAGCACAUUUUACACAUUGUAAAAUUUGUUAAAAAUCUAAUCAGUAGAAGCCAGUCUGCCAGGUGAUUGGGGAGAAGUGACUCUUAAAGUAAAAUAACGGAAUUCCUCAUCAAAAUCUUUUUGGAAAAAGCUAUGUUUAUAAGGAGAAUUUAUAUUGCACAUGUAAAUGGUUAAAAAAUCAUAUCUGUAUCUAAAUUUAUUAUGUCAGGAAAUGUUCAUUAGUACACUAUCAGAUUCAUAUAAAAUCUAUAUAAUUUUUUCAUUGUGUCAAAUACUAUGUGUUAAAGUAUGAGAUGCACAUGAAAACCUCUCUUCAAAGUUUGUGCAAAUGCAUAUCCUAGGACUUUAUUCAAGAUUAAUGUAAUGGCAACUGUGUACUGAUGUAAGUAAAUGGAUCAACAUAAGAUUGUGAUUGUGAUGUUAUUUAUUGAUUUUUUUUGUAGAGGUUUUAAUUUCCUAAUUGUUGAUUUAAUAUUGUUUUUUUUUCCUUUUGUGGAACUCAAAAAAUGAUUUUGUAAAGAAAAAAGUUUAUCUGCCUUUUCAGAGCACAUUUUGCUUGAUAACUGUGUACAUGGCUUUGUAAACAAACCUAGUCAGAACUGUAACUUAUUUAUAUUACCAGUACAUACUGACCAAUAAAGAAAAUUAUUUUAA